AUUUCAUUUGUUAAUUUAACGUCAAAUAGUAAUUACAUGCGUUAACAGUAUAAUUGUUAAAGUUUUAUAAAAUGAACAUUACAUCGUUCGUUCGUACCGUAAAUAACGAGAAGAAUGGAGAGGAUCUUCAAAAACUUCCUCAAGAUACAUGUAAUUGGAAAAUGUCGUAUACCAUUGUUAAAUCUCAUCAAGAAAAUGUUGUGUUGCAGCACAAAUAUUCUUACUUACUUUAUACUCGCAGAAGCAAAUUGCAAAAUCCAUGUCCAGCUGAUGUAAAAAUGUUAAAAUAUAUUACACGCGUUGAUCAAGAUGAUCGAGAUUCGAAAUUCAAAUACGAGGAAUUGGAUGCUGACUUUGAAGAAUACGAAGAUCAGUCAGAUGAAUAUAUUAGCGAACUGGAUCAAUUGGAACCACCGAAGCUGAGCACUUGGGAAGAAUACAAGAAACUGGUAGACCUGGCCCAACUGAACCCAAAGAUUUACAAGAGAUCACCAUUAGUGCAUCUAACAUCUCUACCAAAAAUCUAUAUUAAUACAGAACACUCGAAGUCACCGCAUUGGAACGCUCGAGCUAAGAGGAGCAUAAUUAAACUGGGGAUGCAGAAAAAUAUCAUAAUCGCAGACUCCACUUACGUGCAAUUUCGUAAUUUCAAAUUAAACAAGUUGUACAAGAAAACAAUCACGUUGCAAAAUGUCAGCACAUCGCCAGCAAAAUUUCAAAUCGAACCGAGACCGUGUAACUCCAACUUUCAUGUGGUAAUAAAACGUCUCGAGAGUAACAGGAACAUCGUCCCUCCGGGGAUGCACUUCCAAUUGAUCGUUUUCUUCCGCUGCACCGACGUCGACGAACCGGAAGAGAUACUGGUGAUUAAGGUGGAGCAUGGAAAAUCGUUGAUCAUCAGGUUACAUGGAUAUAGAGAACCUCCUAUUUUAUUAGGGACCUGUCCACCGUCAAAGAAGUCUCUUGAUAUUCUGGAAUUCAAUGCAAAGUUCUUAGUCCAGGCUUGGCGUCCAGAAACAUCAUCCUCAGAAGAUAGCGUAAAUUCUAGUGAAGACAGCGUCUCAUACAGCGUCCGUAGUUGGGAUACCAUUCACAAUAAAUUUGCAGGCAUGACCUUCGACUGUAAAAUAGGCUUUAUAGGAGAGACGGUACAUGUACCGAUCAAAUUCAAGAACGUUGGAGGAGACGGAAGAUUUUUCGCGAUGAGUGAGAUUGAUUGGGCUACCAUGCACAUUCAAGAUAUCACGGACACAAAUGUGUUAAAAUUAUCACGCUUCAAUGUAUGGCCAGCAUAUUUUAUACUAAAGUCGCAAGAAGAGAUGAUUUUCCAUAUAUCCUUUUUACCAGACUUUUAUGGCGUUCAUGUAAUUGUUCAGAAUCAUUCUAUUUUAUUUAACUUGUUCGUUGAUUUUAACGUGUUAUUGUUAGGUGGACAAAGUGUACAUACUUUGUAACAAUGGUACUAUACUAGCCACAGAAAUAAUUGGAGAUGGUGUAAUAUACGAACCGUCUUUCAUUCAGAUUAGUAAA